AUGGAGCUUACGCAGGAGCUCGUGAAGAAGAAAAUCGACUUGCUGGAGCAGCAGAAGGCCAAGUCAACUAAGCUGAAUGACCUUUUCGACGCUCCUGGCGGGUUCAACGAUGUCUCUCGAAAGACUUGCAAGAACUUGGAGGCAGCUAUCACGGCAUCCAAGCGGCCAGGAUACUUUUCGUACUAUGAACAACCCGAACACGCCAAGAACGCCGUGCGUAGCGGCGAGGUACAGCGAUUGCAAGAACAGAUUCUGCAGCUCCAGAAGCAGAUCGACCAGCUCACUGUAAAGAUCGAGAAGAGUGCCGAUGGUCAAGACAUGGGGCACACUGAAACCACAAUUACCAGCUUGAAGCAUUGGCUUGCGACCUACGGCAUGCCGAAGCAGCAAUCAAUUUCGGACCUGUACACCGUCUUCACUCCAGACAGGAAGGUCUACGGUGGCACAACACACUACUCUGCCUUUCGCAGCCAGUCUAGCACUAUGAAGAAGGGCCGCCUAACCAAGUGA